AUGGUUGCCCCUGACCAAAAGUCCAUGCCCGUGACGGUCUUGUCCGGGUUUCUGGGCGCCGGUAAAACGACCCUGCUCAAACACGUGCUGCUCAACGCCCCCAAGGGCUUGCGCAUCGCCAUCGUGGUCAACGACAUGGCCACCAUCAACAUGGAUGCUGCUUUCCUGCGUGCUGCCGGUAUCUCUCAAGCUUCGGAAGACAUGAUUACCCUGCAGGACGGCUGCAUUUGCUGCACCCUCCGAGGUGAUCUCCUCAAGCAACUCCACGAUCUGGCCACCAGUGGCAAGUACGACUACUGCAUCAUUGAGAGCACCGGCAUCAGCGAGCCCAUGCAGGUGGCCGAGACUUUUGCCUUUGAUUCCGAAUCUGCCCAAACCUUUGGGUUAGAGGAAAGCCUGCCGGGAGUGGCCCACAUUGACACCUGCGUUACCAUGGUCGACGCCCUCAGCCUGCCCAACUAUUUCAAGGAUGCCCGUCAGCUCCCCGAUUCGGAUGAGCCCAACGUGGACGAGGAGGACGAGCGCAAUCUGGUCAACCUCCUCGUUGACCAGCUCGAGUUUGCGGAUGUCGUCAUCCUCAACAAGACCGACAAGUGCAAAGACAUCAAGCGCCUCGAAGGCAUUGUCCGCUCCUUCAACCCCGGUGCCCGCGUCCUUCACGCCAACUACGCCAAGGUCGAUGUCAACGAGGUCAUCAACACCAAGCUCUUUGACAUGGAAAAGGCCACCAAUGCACCCGGUUGGCUCAAGAGUCUCCGAGAGGAGCACACCCCAGAGACGCUCGAGUACGGUGUCACCAGCUUCACCUACCGCCGACGUCGCCCCUUCCACCCUCAGCGCCUCUUUGAGCUCUUGACCCAAAGCUUUGGUAUUCAGGAGGUUGUUCCUGGUGGUGAUGAGGAAGAGGAGCAGGAGCAGGAGCAGCAGGAGGAGAACGAGGCCAAGAAGACCACCAAGGAGCCUCACAAUCACAACCACACCCACACCCACCCUGGUCAGCUGCCCAAGACUCUCAGAGUGGAUGCACCCACCACUGACAUGGACACGGGCGCCGAGGAGGUUGCGCCGGCCGAUGAGGAAACACGUGGCAGCAGCGAGGCCAAGGUUGCUCGACGACAAGCCCGCUCGCCCAUGAGCGAGGGUGAAGCGGAAGAGCCUCAAAACAACACCGAGGAAGAGAAGGAGGAGAGCGACAGUGAUGAAGACGACGAUGAGGAUGAUGAGGACAUGGUGGACCUAUGCGAGCUCAAGGAAUCGAGCGUUUUUGCCAAUGUCCUUCGCUCCAAGGGCUUUUUGUGGAUUGCCGGCCGCCGUUUGAUGGGCAGCUGGUCGUCUGCCGGUGUGUACGUCCAGGUCGGCCCCGAGGGCCCCUGGUUGGUGGACAUGCUCGAGGAAGACUUUGUCAAGCAGCUGUCCAAGGAACUGCUUGAGAAAGAGGUGCACAGCCAUCCCCAUGGUGAUCGCCGACAGGAGCUCGUCUUCAUCGGCCAAACACCCUUGCGCCAAAAGGAGAUUGAGGCGGCACUUGACGCUGCGCUUGUCACGGAUGAGGAGUGGCCCGAGGGUCCCAAGCUGGAGGAUCCCUUUGAUGCCUCUUGGGCCAUGUAA